AUGUCGUUUAGAGUUUCUCGAAAUUUCGAAUUUUCAGAUGAAACAUCAAGUCAGAAGGAAAAACAUUUCUUAAGAAACUCUAAUACUGAUCAACCUCAGACUGGUGUAGCAAACCAGAAGAAUUUUGUAAAAUUUAUUACAAAAGCAGAACUGACAAAUGAUCUGAGAAAAAUGCAUAAAUUAUAA